ACUGAAAGCAUCCAUCUUUUUACCCCUGUGUUGAAGUUUGGGUGACCAUCCGGUAGCAGAAGCAGCUGGUAGGAAUUCUUGUAAUACAGUUCGUACAUUAUUUAAUAUCGCUUAUUUUUUGGCGAAUUAUUGCUGAUAAAAGAGUAAAGUCGCCGGCUUUUUUGCCUAUCGGCCAUUUCCGUCUUCAAGCUAAACCCCAUGAAUCCGGUGCCCGACGGCGCCGUGGGAAUUUCCGUGAAGCGUGUGAGAGGACGACCAACAAAGACCGUCAGUCAGCCUAAAACUGUUAACUUCAACCCACCGCCAAAAGCAAAGGAGACUGAGCCUGAACCUGAGCCUAGACCAGCAGCCCCACAAUCACAAUCAACUCGAUCGCAACCUUUCCCGUCGUCUAUUCAAGAAAAAAUCAAGUCUUUUCUUGAGACUGAGAUAGUUCGGAAAGAGGAUGAAUUUUUACAGUUUUGGAAACCAGCAAGAGACACCAGUGGUCACACACUGCUCACUUUAUCCGCACCGGACCGAUCAAUGGGGCUUCGUGGUGUUUGCAGUGGUGGUCUCUUUAGUUAUAGGUGCCACAGCCUUCACAAUGAUUACAGAGUGGUGGAAGGUGAUGGGAGUCUACUUGGUCCUUUUGGGAGGGCGUUCAGACAGGGAUCCCCUGAGUAUUGUCCAAACAUAGAGUGCUACUCCAUACAGGAAUUUCCCCCGAGGGAUUUUGCUAUUGCAUGCGGAAUUAAGCAAUAUUGGGUUUUGCCGCUUUACGAAAUUGAUGGGCAUCAGCUGCUGCUGCAGCAGCAGCAGAAGUGUUUUGGGAUACUCGAGUACAUAUCAUGUAGAAGUUGUGCAACGUCGGAAUCCUUAAUCCCAUUCGAAAAGAUCCUGGAUGCUCUUAAGCUGAUCGGACUUGCAUGUCCAGCUUCAGAUCUUAAAAAUGUCUAUGAUAGCCGGAUAAAUUCUUUGGUUUCACAUCCACAACUGGAUAUUAUGGUGAAGUUUGUGAAGAGAAAGCACCAUCUACCUCUUAUUCGAGUAUGGGCUCCUUGCAUGUUCAGUGGUUCUGAGGCCGUGGGCCGAGGUGGUGAGAGUUUAUGCAACCCCUCAAAUUCAGCAAGUAAGACUACGAAGUUGUUCCCUCUUCUGGUAUCUGUCAAUUGGAAUAUGAGGUAUGCUCCAGAGCUUUAUCAUAUGAGUUCGAAUGCAGCUUGUUUGGUUGAGGAAGGGAAAAGUCUGCUUGGAAAAGCAUAUUCCCUACAGAAGUCAUGCUUCCUAAUAGAUACUAGAAAAUUUGAUAUUUCCAGUUACCCUAUCGUUCAUUUGACUCGGUCAUCUGGUCUUGCUGCAUCUUUUGCAAUUCCCUUGACGGUGAUUCAUAGAGACCUUCCUCCUUUAAUACUAGAAAUCUUUCUUCAAGUCCAACAGAAAUGUGAAGGAAAUCUGGAGACUAUUUUGAAGUUGUUGUUGUCUACAGUGGCUAAGGAACUUUCUGUACACAAUGUUGAUUACGGUUUACGACAAAAUGAGGAAUUCUAUGUCAAAAUAUCUCAUUUGGAUGCUGAUAAUGUUGUUUACUUUGAUGUGCAUCGGCGUCUUGAAGUUUUGCAAAGAGAAGAAAAGGAGUUUCCGUCGUCACAUCAACCACCAAUCUCCAGAGUUGAUGUUAGUGACAAUGAAAAUCAUGUUGUGAUUGCUAGAAAGAAAGCUUCUGCUCUUAUUGAUUGUCCUAUUACACAAGAUAUUACCAAGUAUUUUGGCAAAUUUUCUCCGCGUUCAAACGUUGGAAUCAUAUCAGACAAUGAAAAUUCUGGUCCCGCUGAUUGUCUCACUACUCAAGACAAGGGCAAGAGUCUCGGCAAUCUUCCGGCAGAUGCAAAGAUUAUUAUCACUUUGGAUGAUGAAAACCCUGCUGUUACUGAUUGUUCCAAGGCACAUGUCAAAGCCGAUAAAGUCAGCAACUUUUCCUUAAGUACAAAUCAGUCAAUCACUUUGGAUGACUUGAUAACAAAGUCUGGUGAAAAACUUGAACUUACUGCAACAGAACUUGGAGUUACCAGGCCUUCUCUGAAACGUAUAUGUAGAGAACUUGGUACAUAUUGGUGGCCUCUGGUCAAGAAAAACAAAGUCGACCACAUUCAAUCAAGUCUGAAGAUCCCAAGUACAACUUUUGAGCCCGAUGGUGCUGAAAUCAUCAAACAAUUUGGGAUUAGACAUUGUUCAAGUGAUAAAGCAAGAGAGGAAGAUGCAUCAGUUGCAGAUUCUGUUCCCUCGGAUACAACGGAUAAAAGUAUUGUGCCGGAAAAUGAGGAGACUGACUGCGGUUAUCCCAUGAUUGUUAAGGCAACGUAUGGAGACGAUAUAGUAAAAUUCCCCAUCCGCAGUAACUUAGGCCUCCAAGGUUUGCUCAAGGAAUUGGAUGAAAGAUUCAAAUCGAAAGGUGAGAGGUUCAAAAUCAAGUACGAGGAUGACGGUGAUUGGAUUACAAUAGCUUGCAACAAAGACUUGCUCUUUCAUAUGGAUACUUUAAGGUCGUCGGAGGAGACUGUGAUGAAUCUGUCGGUUUUUCCUUCCACCUCAUGAUCUUUUCUAGGUUUAACAUGUCUUCACUCAUGUAGAUUGGCUCUUUUGGGCGGUUUCUUGCAAAAAAUAUAUGUAUAUUAGUCUGAAUGUAGAAGCUAGUAUCAGUUUACUUAAUUUCUUCAGUAACUCAAUUGGUUGCUUUUUUGAGUUGUGCAGACUAAUCUAACGAGCAAGAAACGAGCUUGCCAUGUACAAAUGCCUUCCUUUUGCCAUUAUUUGUUUUUAAGUUCUCUUUCCAACAUAUUAACGUGUAAUGGUAUUUUAAACGUUUAAUGGC